GGCUCAGAACUCUACCCUGUACCCUCUGUAAUUUCCAUAUGUCGAUGGUCAUAACUCUCCUAAGAAGAUCUCUAUCCGUGAGUACCUGAUUUUGGAUUGGAUUGCCUUGGAUCAUGUCAAAGUCAAAUGUACAGUUUGUGGGUACAAUGGUGCAAUACAACACACAGUUUUUAUUAGGCAACGCUGCCCUACUAAAGUGAACGAAGUCAAUUGCAUUCAGUAAAAGGAAAAGGCUUUAAGUAAAUGAACCGACAGUAUUGUUAAUUGUGAAAAAAGCGAAGAAUUUAUAGUAAAGAAUUGAAUCUUCUUUACAAUCGCCUAUUCUCCAGGGUGACGUACCGGUCCUAGGCUAAGCUAGUUCCAGUGAACGUAGCUAGGCUAGUAUUCACCGCAUGGGCCACCGAGGAUCUUCCAGAGUGCGAGGCGAGAAUCGAUUGUUAAAUCAUCAUUACAAACCGCGAAACUAGUCUUCAAUAGUAGGUUACGAAUCCAGGCGUACCACAUAUUUUCUAAUUUUCGACAAUUGUUGCACCUAAAUCCAGGCUUAAGUACACCACUGGCUCAGUGCUGAUCCAUAGUACAGAUUGUCGGAGUUGCAGCACGGGGCAUCUCUACUGGUCCAGUGCUGGCUGGUAACGCUUCAUAGUACUGCUUUGCGGUACUGGCUAACCUUUGGCAGCGAGAAAAAAUGGCCCAAACUUUGAAUAAAACAUUAUUCAUGUAUUUCGAGGCUUAUAAAAAAUGGAUAACUCAAAAUCCCCAACAGAUCGGUGAUAUUGAAAGCACCGUUAAAUGCUUAUCGUUUUUUACAGCAGGUCGGUUUCACAAUGCAUCAUUGGUAGCAGAAUUUAUUUAUUCUUUGCCAAAUUUGCUGGUCCUCUUUAACGAUCGUCUGAUUUAUAACAACAAAUGUGCAGAGAGUAAACUGCCAGAAUUGCAAUCAAAAAUAAAAAUCUGGUUAACUGUUGUCGAUUACAUAGAAGCCCUUUUAGAAAUUUCAACUAAGAGAUUAUGGGGAGAAGCAGCGAAAUGGCUGAUAAUUGUGCUGAUACAGACUUCGAAGACAGCGUUAAGGCUGCUUUUGGUUUUCCGCUAUAAAGAGCGCGUCACACAAACUCCAGCGAUUCCUCCUUUAAAUCGCGAAAAGAUUAAGGAACAGGAGGGCAGAGGACCUGUGGAUGAUGGAUUUUGUUUGAAACGGUCUGGUGCUAUUGUUAGAAGCGUUAGGAACAGUAACAUAGCUCCAAAUCGCAUGUGGACGCCACUUGCUCCUCCGAUUUGCUCAGACAGAUCGGAAUCGAAUGUGCAGUGCAGUCCUUCAUCGAGAAAAAACAUCAUUCUUGCAGAAACACUUUAUGUAAUCAAACCGCUUUUGCACCUCGGAUGUUUAUCGAUCAGAGGGCAGAAACGUUGGAGUCCUUGGGUUUUGUCCUUCAUCGUAGACCUUGCAAGUUUGCGGCUCUUUAGUCAAGAAGCCAGAGCAGCGAAAUUCAGCAGAGAAGAGAAGGAAGAAAUCUGUCGUAGAAGAAUAGGCUUACUUCUCUAUUUGCUUCGAUCGCCUUUCUAUGACAAUUGCAGUCGCAUGAGGAUAUAUUCUCUGCUCGAUUUGAUUUCGAGAACGGUGCCUUUCGCUAGAAUUGUUGCCAAUCCAAUUGCUAAGCAUCUCCCGCAUUGGCAAAAUACCUACUUUUACAUGUGGUCUUGUUAAAUAAGUUAUAUUUGUAAUAGAAAAGUAUUUUAGUUCUACUGAAUUAAGUAGCUUAGAUUGGUAAAAAUCUAGAUAUCAUAUUCAUAUUCGCUUUAAUUUAACGUCUAAGUUAUGAUAUUAGUGAACUUUUGAUUUAAAAACAUUCAAAUUCACAAUGUUGCACGAACAUUCCACUCAGUUUUUAAGGUUGAUAUAAUGGGAAAGUUGGCAGAUUUGUAAAAAUUAAACACUAUGCAAAUAAAUGGUAAUAAUUUACAAAU